AUCUCGUUCUUUUCCAUCCUCGACUUUUUCGUUCCAUCAGCGCCGCCUUUUGUUCUGACUCGGCCGCUGCCUUCCAUGACGGCACGGUAGACGACGUUUCUGUGUUUCCUUCUGACCGACCAGCCAUGGCGCCGCUCGUCGACAACCCGCAGAUCAAGAGCGCCGAGCUGCUGCGGCCGCUGCCGCUCUAUCAGCAUGCCUACGUCUGGCCCUUCGCCAUAAUCUGGCCCGUCUUCCUGCGCUACUACCUCAGCGCCGAGCUGUACGACAGGUACAUCCAGGCCCAGGAAUGGACGUUCGUCUGGGUCGGCAGCAUCAUUACCGUCCAGACGCUGGUCUGGUUGUGCACCCAUUGGAGCGUCGACCUCAACGCCGCCUUCACAGCCAAGAAGGCGCGCUCUGUCGAGGAUGCCCGGCUGAUUAAGGUUAUCCCCAUUGCCAACGCCGGCACUGCGGAUAUCUGCAAACUUGAGCGUGACAAGGUCGGAGACAAGACGAACAUCUCCUUCCUCUUUCAGAAGCGCCGAUUCCUCUACAACCCCGAGGCCAAGUCGUUCCGUACCCUGGAAUAUGACAUCGAUGCCGAACCGAGGCCGAAGUUGGAGAAGUUCCAGAAGUCCAAGGGCAUCACGAGCGCAGCCGAGCUGCAGCGCCUCGAGCAACACUAUGGCACUAACACGUUCGACAUUCCCGUCCCUACCUUCACCGAGCUCUUCAAGGAACAUGCGGUCGCGCCUUUCUUUGUGUUCCAGAUCUUCUGCGUCGGCCUGUGGCUGCUCGAUGAGUACUGGUACUACUCGCUGUUCACCCUCUUUAUGCUCGUUAUGUUCGAGAGUACCGUCGUGUGGCAGCGCCAGCGGACCUUGACCGAGUUCCGCAGCAUGAGCAUCCAGCCGUACGACAUCUACGUCUUCCGCCAAGGCAAGUGGACUGAGAUCAAGAGCGACAAGCUGUUGCCGGGCGACCUGGUGUCCGUCACGAGGACCAAGGAGGAUAGCGGUGUGGCCUGCGACAUGCUGUUGGUGGAGGGGACUGCCAUCGUGAACGAGGCCAUGUUGUCUGGCGAGAGCACCCCUCUUCUGAAGGAUUCCAUCCAGCUUCGGCCAGGGGAUGUGCCGAUCGACACGGACGGCCUGGACAAGAACUCGUUCCUGUGGGGUGGCACCAAGGUGCUCCAGAUCACCCAUGGCAACGUCGAAGGGGAGAGGCCAAAGGUGGCGUCUGGCGUUCCUGCGCCGCCGGAUGACGGCGCCAUGGCCAUUGUGACCAAGACUGGCUUCGAGACAUCGCAGGGCAGCCUUGUGCGGACCAUGAUCUACUCGACCGAGCGUGUAUCAGCCAACAACGCCGAAGCGCUUUGGUUUAUCUUGUUCCUUCUGGUCUUCGCUCUGGCUGCUUCCUGGUACGUGUGGGACGAGGGUGUCCGCAAGGAUCGCAAGCGCUCCAAGCUGCUGCUGGACUGUAUCCUUAUCGUUACGAGCGUGGUGCCGCCCGAGCUGCCUAUGGAGCUCAGCUUGGCCGUCAACACCAGCUUGGCUGCCCUCUCCAAAUUCGCCAUCUUCUGCACCGAACCGUUCAGGAUUCCAUUCGCGGGCCGUAUCGAUGUGGCCUGCUUCGACAAGACCGGAACGCUGACCGGGGAGGACCUCGUUGUGGAGGGAAUUGCAGGUCUCGGUCUUGGCCACUCGGGCACGGACACGCCUCGCGAAUCCGAUGGGGCCCAUAGCAAUAUGAGCAAGGUGGAUGAGGCUGGCAUGGAAACCAUCCUGGUUCUUGCUACUGCCCAUGCAUUGGUUAAACUCGAUGAGGGUGACAUUGUCGGCGAUCCCAUGGAGAAGGCUACGCUCAACGCGCUUGGCUGGAGUCUCGGAAAGAAUGACACAUUGACGAGCAAGCCCGGGAAGGCUUCUUCUACGGGGAUUUCGGGCACUGUCCAGAUCAAGCGUCGGUUCCAAUUCUCGUCUGCGCUGAAGCGCCAGAGUUCCGUCGCGAGCAUCAACGCCACCGACGCCAAGACGGGUAAGAAGCUGAGAGGCACGUUCGUUGCGGUCAAGGGUGCGCCCGAGACGAUCAUGAAGAUGCUGGUUACGAUUCCGAAGGAUUACGAGGAGACGUUCAAGUAUUUCACUCGUCGCGGUUCCCGUGUUUUGGCCCUGGCGUACAAGCAGCUCACCACCGAGGGCGAACUGGGCGCGAGCAGGAUUCUGGACCUCAAGCGCGAGAACGUUGAGGCCGAUUUGACUUUUGCCGGCUUUUUAGUCCUCCAGUGUCCGCUUAAGGAAGACGCCAAGGAGGCCGUCCGGAUGCUGAAUGAGAGCAGCCACCGCGUGGUUAUGAUCACUGGCGACAACCCACUCACGGCCGUCCACGUUGCGAAGGAAGUCGAGAUCGUUGAUCGAGAUGUCCUCAUCUUGGAUGCUCCCGAGCACAGCGUCCAUGGCGAGGAGUCCCUUAUCUGGCGUAGUGUUGACGAUAAAGUCCAUAUCGACGUCGAUCCUACGAAGCCUAUCGACCCCGAGAUUAUCAAGACAAAGGAUCUGUGUGUUACCGGCUACGCCCUGAGCAAGUUCAAGGGGCAGGUCGGCUGGAAGACGCUUCUGCGGUAUACCUGGGUGUAUGCCCGCGUCUCCCCGAAGCAGAAGGAGGACAUCCUGCUCGGCUUGAAGGAUAUGGGAUACUUCACUCUCAUGGCCGGAGACGGCACCAACGACGUCGGCGCUCUCAAGCAGGCCCACAUCGGUGUUGCUCUGUUGAACGGCACCCAGGAAGACCUCACUCGCAUUGCUGAGCAUGCUCGGAAUACCAAGAUGAAGGACCUCUACCAGAAGCAGGUCAGCUUGAUGCAGCGCUGGGGCCAGCCGGCCCCUCCGGUCCCUGCCAUGAUCGCCCACCUCUACCCACCUGGACCCUCCAACCCGCACUACGAGAAGGCGAUGGAGCGGGAGGCGCAAAGGAAGGGCGUCACAGUCGAACAGCUGGCCAAGGCCAACGGCACCGCCCCCAGCAUGGAGACGGUGACGUCUCCGGCCGCCCAGAAGCUGAUCGACUCGGACCCGCGCAAGGCCAAGCAGGCCGAAGCGGCCAAGAAGGCGGCCGGCUUUGCCGACAAGCUGACACAGUCGAUGAUGGACGCCGAGAUGGACGAUGAGCCGCCCACACUGAAGCUGGGCGAUGCCUCCGUCGCGGCGCCUUUCACCUCCAAGCUCCGCAACGUCGUCGCCAUCCCGAACAUCAUCCGCCAAGGCCGCUGCACGCUGGUGGCAACUAUUCAGAUGUACAAGAUUCUGGCUCUGAACUGCCUUAUUAGCGCAUACAGCUUGAGCGUCUUGUACCUGGAGGGCAUCAAGUUUGGCGACGGGCAGAUCACCAUCAGCGGCAUGCUCAUGAGCGUGUGUUUCCUGUCGCUGUCACGCGCCCGCACGGUCGAGGGCCUGUCCAAGGAGCGACCGCAGCCGAACAUCUUCAACUUCUACAUCAUUGGGUCCAUCCUGGGCCAGUUUGCGGUGCACGUGGCCACUCUGAUCUACAUUGCCCAGUACUGCGAGCAGCUUGAACCCCGCUCCGAAGCGCCUGACCUUGAAGCCGAGUUUCAGCCCUCGCUCCUCAACUCGGCCGUCUACCUGCUGCAGCUCAUCCAGCAGAUCUCGACCUUCGCCGUCAACUACCAGGGCCGCCCCUUCCGCGAGUCGCUGUCCGAGAACAAGGGCAUGUUCUACGGUAUCCUGGGCGUCACGGGCAUCGCCUUCGCCUGCUCCACGGAGUUGAUCCCGGAGCUCAACGAGGCCAUGAAGCUGGUCCCGUUCAAGGACGAGUUCCGCACCACCAUCACGACCAUGAUGGUCCUCGACUACGCGGCCUGCUAUGUGAUUGAGGUCGUGCUCAAGUACCUGUUCAGCGACCUCAAGGCGCGGGAUAUUGCUGAGCGGCGCCCCGAGCAGCUCGAGCGGGAGCGGAAGAGGAAGGCGGAGGAGCUGAGGCUGCGGGAGAUCGAAGAGGAGAGGAAGCAGGCGGAGAAGGUGGCCGAGUUUGAGAGGCGCGUCGAGGCGAGGAAGGAGGCUCUGCGCGCCAGGUUUAACAGUGCGAAUUGAUCAAAGAGUCCGAUAAUAGGAUAGAAUGUAUGUAAACCCAAGUAGAGUGGGGUGAUGUUAUCAUAUUAUUAGAUGGUCUGGAUAUAGUAGACAGAUAAGGGUGUCUCCUUGCUUGUGUACUGUUAUGGUACGACUCAGCCGGGAUACCUAGAUGAGGUGACAUAAACAGGACGCACAUGAACCAGGGUACAGCAGGGUGGCUGUCAUCCGCGGGGUUCCACUGGGAUGGUUGAUCGAACACAUUGAUAU